GUUACCCUUUACGCCACACAUUUCCUUAUUAUCGCGGACGGAUGAAAAAAAUUAAUAAAUAAUAGUUUCUAUAUUAAAAAUUAAUGGUAUUAAUUAAAUUUUAGAACAAUUCUUUUUAUUAAAUAAAAAUAACUAAUUUACAACACGUGAAUUGCUUCAUACGAACAUUUCAAAUUAAGUCCGCGAUACUUUCGUCUGAAAUUGGACUACAAAAAUAAAAUCUAAAUUCUGUAAGAAUAAAACUCAAAAUUUGUUUCUUUAAACAAUCAUUUGUGAAGUGGUUACUAUUUUAAGUGAAUUAUUUGUACCUAUUUACUUCAACCGAGAUAAAAAAAUAUAUAAUUUGAUUUACUUUGCACAUUAUGAAAUACAAAAUUAUACUCAAAAUCAAUGCCGUUGAUUUAAAAUAGUUUAUUAUAAUAAGUGCUGAAGUUCUUAAGUGCAUUUAAAUGAUUUUAAAAUAAUAAUAAAACAAAUGUAUUAUCAAAUAAAUCUAACCAAUAGCUCAAAUAAAAAUUAAUAAGCAUAAUUAUUUAUAUUAAAAUACAAGAGUACAUCGUGGAGAAUAAAAAACACAAGCCUUCAAAAAAUUAAUAAUAAUUCAAAAUAAGUUAGUUUUUUUUAAAGGUAUCUACGAAAAAAGUGAAAUUAAAACAAUCUAACUUACGUAAACUUAAAUUUAAGAAGCCUAAGCAAAAUAUCUGACCAUACCUACAUCUACCAACAUUUAAAAAGGAUCAUCAAUUUUUUGACUAACCCUAGCCGAAAAAAAGUUUCACGGUCUAUGCAGCCAAAGAUGCACCAGUAUUACAAAACCAAGAAAAAGUGCAAAAGAUAAGCCAUACAAAAAUUCAAAAAUAGUUACAAAAGUCAAAAAUUGUGUUUCAUCCUGACUGCGUUGCCGUAACAACCCCUAAAAUUCGGAUUGAAAAUUAAAUUAUUUAAGACGCAAUUAUCACCGUUCCCGAAAAAGAAAUGCAAACGAAGUUUUAACCCCCGUAACCUGGUCAAAUUUAAUUAAAUACAUAACUGUCCUUAUAGUUCUAAUAGAAAAAUUUAAUUCGGAACCUUAUAAUAGGAUAUACAUUAAUGAAAAGUAAUGAAGGCUUAUUCUAUUAAUUUAAUCUAGAGAGGAAAUUAAAAGUAAAAAACUUGUGCCUAAAUAUAUAUACGUGCGUUAGUAUAUAUAUAAUUAUAUUCUUUUAAGGAAUACCUAAUAACAGAAAAUAAUAUCAAAGCAUUUACGUAAUAAUAUCCAUAAUUAAAGUUAUUGUGAACUUUACCUUUUGUGCAUUUCAUUUUUUAAACGGAUCAUUUUAUGCAGUUUUCUUGUUACCAAAAACCGAAUUCGCUUCCUUUUGGAAAAAACUAACACAUACGAAUUUUCCAUUAUCUAAAACAAAUAGAAAAAAUACCAACAUAAGCUCUGCAGUCUGCACUACUGCAGAAGUUCAGAUAACCCCAGAGCGUACAAGAAAAACACACUCCACACAGUGAUAUAUUUUACCUAUACCAAUUAAACAUUGAUAUAAUAUAUACAUAAAACAAAAACAAACAAACAAAGGAGAAAAAGUGCAUUUAAAAAUUAUACUCUGUUAUUUUUGUGAAUAAAUAAAAAAAAAGUGUACGGAGCCUAAAAAUAGAACAAAUACCUAUAUAACAACAACAAAUUCAACACGACGGUGUGUGUGCCUUUAUUUGCGACAUAAACCUUAAAUAAAAUGGCAGAAGGAAAUGGUGAAUUGAUGGAUGAUAUGGUAACGUCAAAAUCAGAAGACCGGGGUGAUGGCGAAAAAACAGAAGAUUAUCCAAAACUAUUAGAAUACGGUUUGGAUAAAAAAGUUGCCGGAAAACUAGACGAUAUUUAUAAGACAGGUAAACUAGCUCAUGUUGAAUUAGACGAGCGCGCGCUCGAUGCUCUAAAAGAAUUUCCGGCAGACGGUGCCUUGAAUGUAUUAACUCAGUUCCUUGAAUCAAAUUUGGAACAUGUAUCUAACAAGUCUGCGUAUUUAUGUGGUGUUAUGAAAACAUAUCGACAAAAGAGUCGAGCUAGCCAACAGGGUGUACCAACGCCAACGACAAUAGUGCAAGUCAAAGGUCCUGACGAAGAGAAAAUCAAAAAAAUUUUAGAACGUUCUGGUUACACAUUAGAUGUAACGACAGGUCAACGUAAGUAUGGUGGCCCACCACCUAAUUGGGACGGUCCCACACCAGGAAACGGAUGCGAAGUUUUUUGUGGGAAAAUUCCAAAAGAUAUGUUCGAAGAUGAGCUUAUACCAUUGUUUGAAAACUGCGGUACAAUAUGGGACCUCAGGUUAAUGAUGGAUCCAAUGACUGGAACAAAUCGUGGUUAUGCAUUCGUAACAUUUACAUCCCGUGACGCUGCAAUCAAUGCAGUCAGACAGCUAAAUGAUUUUGAAAUUCGGAAAGGCAAAAAGAUUGGUGUUACGAUAUCAUUUAACAAUCACCGGCUAUUUGUCGGAAAUAUACCUAAGAAUAGAGAUCGCGACGAAUUAUUUGAGGAAUUUACUAAGCAUGCACCCGGCCUUGUUGAAGUUAUAAUCUAUAGUUCUCCAGAUGACAAAAAGAAAAAUCGAGGAUUUUGUUUUCUCGAAUACGAAUCACAUAAAGCAGCUUCAUUAGCUAAAAGACGACUUGGUACUGGUAGAAUUAAGGUAUGGGGAUGUGAUAUAAUUGUUGACUGGGCUGAUCCACAAGAAGAGCCCGACGAGCAGACAAUGUCGAAAGUUAAAGUUUUAUAUGUAAGAAACUUAACACAAGACGUCAGUGAAGAAAAAUUAAAAGAACAAUUUGAGCAAUAUGGAAAAGUGGAACGUGUAAAGAAAAUAAAAGACUACGCUUUUGUACACUUUGAAGAUCGUGAUAAUGCAGUAAUUGCCAUGCGAGGUCUUAAUGGAAAGGAAGUUGGGAUGUCAAAUAUAGAAGUUUCACUCGCCAAACCACCUUCGGACAAAAAAAAGAAGGAGGAAAUUCUUCGAGCCAGAGAACGUAGAAUGUUGCAAAUGAUGCAAGGUCGUCCUGGAAUAGUGGGAAUGCCUUGUUCUCCAUCUGAUUAUAGUAACUUGUCACCAACACAUCCUAGUAUGAUGCCAAUGGCUCCCAUGAGACUGCCAGGUGGUCCAAGAAUUCCUAUACGAGCACCAAUGGCUCGUGAUUACGAUUAUGAUUACGACUUUUAUGGUUAUUCGGAUUAUCGUGGCGGAUACAAUGAAUCAUUUUAUGACGAAUAUUACCGAACAUACGAUGGAGAUUACUACUUUGACUAUCCACCAAGCGGGGUCUCACCAAUUUCAAGUGGAGGUGCACCCGCUGGUGAACCGCAUAAAACGGCAAGAAGCAAUGUGGAGGGGGAUGGUGGGCGUGGAAUCAUGGCCAUUCGUGGCCGAGCCGCUGGGCUCCGUGGCAACAUCCAUCGUCCGGUGGGCCCCCAAGUGGUGGUGGUGGUGGGGGCGGCGGCAGUGCAACGGGAGGUGCCCACCGCGGUGGCGCAGGCAGCAACCGGGGGGGUCCUUGGGGAGGGACAAAUUCGUCCCAUCGCUCUUGGCACCCAACACGCCAAAACACUACAAAAUUUACCAGUAGUAGUCGGUAAACGUAAAUUUGAUGGAGGUCACCAAAAUCCAGGAGAUUCAAAACGACGUUACGCAAGCGGUUUAAUAGGAAAUGGUGGUGGGAGUUGGAGUAGCUUACCCUUGCCUCAACAACCUUUGGGUACAAAUGGGGAACAAUGGUAUACUGAUACUUUUCCAACAUGGAGUUAAAAACAAUAAAACAAACAAAUAAAAUAAUAGAGACAAAA